GAGGAGGGCUCUUACACCAUCCAGUGGAUGUAUGGCUGUGAAGUCGGGUCGGACGGGAGCCUCCUCCGUGGGUACUGGCAGUCCGCCUACGAUGGCCGCGAUUACAUCGCCCUGAACGAAGACCUGAAAACAUGGAAGGCAGCAGACUUGGAGGCGCAGAUCACCCGAAGCCAGUGGGAGCAGGAUGGUGAAGCAGAGAUACAGAGGGCCUACCUGGAGGGCGACUGCGUGGAGUGGCUCCUCAGAUACCUGGAGUGCGGGAAGGAGACACUGCUGCGCACAGAUCCCCCAAAAGCAUGUGUAGCCCAUCACCACAGACAAGAAGGUGAUGUCACCUUGAGGUGCUGGGCCAUUGGCUUCUACCCUGCUGACAUCACCCUGACCUGGCAGUUGAAUGGGGAGGACCUGACCCAGGACAUGGAGCUUGUAGAGACCAGGCCUUCAGGGGAUGGAACCUUCCAGAAGUGGGCAUCUGUGGUGGUGCCUCUUGGGAAGGAGCAGAAUUACACAUGCCAUGUGUACCAUGAGGGGCUGCCUGAGCCCCUCACCCUGAGAUGGGAGCCUCCUCCAUCCACCGACUUUAACAUGGUGAUCAUUGCUGUUCUGGUUGUCCUUGGAGCUGUGGCCAUCAUUGGAGCUGUGGUGGCUUUUGUGAUAAAGAGGAGGAGAAACACAGGUAGGAAAAGGCAGGGUCUGAGUUUUCUCUCAGCCACCUUUAUAAGUGUGCUCUGCUCAUUAUGGGAGACACAUCUAUACCCCGCAUUGCUGCUGUCUCCAACUGGGUCUGCUGUCAAUCCUGGAAACUUUCUAGUGUCAAGAUCUUCCUUGAACUCUCACAGCUUGUCUUCUCACAGGUGGAAAAGGAGGAAACUAUGCUCCAGCUCCACGUUAGUGUGGGUCACAGGGUUGUACUGA